AAAUUUGUAAGCUUAUUUGAAUAUUUGUAUCCAGAUUUUGGAGGCGAUUAAACAUGUUGGAGGAUAUAGCAAUUGAUUAUUCAACAUAUUUCAAAGUGGACGUGUUGGAAGGAUUUAAAACAGUUCAAGAUGUUGUUGACAACAUGUUAACGAGGCUGGAGGAAUUGACGAGUGUUCUUCAAAUGGUUAAAUUAAAGAACGGCGAUUGCUGCAAUAUUGUGACUGAAGAUAUAAUAAAAUAUCGUAGAGAGAUAAAUGUGCUAGGGAAAAGGAUUUCGACCCUGUCCAAUGUAUUAAUGUUUUUAUCAAAUAAUGUUGAUACAGUUGAAAAACAAGUAGAGAGAGCUGAAGGUUUUUUUGGAGUACAAAAUGAUAACAAAUUAAAAAGUCUUCUCAAGCCAUUCAUAAAAAGAGGUAGGGAGACAAUACCUGACAAUAGUUUGCCUCCUCAUCAUAAAAUAGAUUUGAGUAGUGUAAUGGACAAUUUUCAAAGCAUGUAACAUGAGUUCAAGUUUUAAAAGUGAUACAAUGCUUAGUGCAUGUUGGGAUAGAAAAUAAUAAAUGAAUGUCAU